AUGAAGAUGUGGUUGUGGUUGUGGCAUCCUCGAGUCCGAGCACCAUUGAGUGUCGAAGUGAAAGAUUAUCGAUGCUGUUGUGGGUGCAUGAAUUCAUUGCUUGGUUUCCGCAUUCUCAACUUUGUCCUUGUGGCUGCUUGGGGUUUCGCAUUGCUCAACUUCAUCGUCACCUUUGGACAGGCAUCGUUUGGAUUAACGUCACUCUUCUUAGUCGUGAAGCUUUUCGAAAUUUUCGUGAGAUUUCUUGCCGCACACACUCUCCGGCCAUUCUAUGCCCAAAUUUAUUGGAUUUAUUUUGCUUUCUUGGUGACAUUUUUGGGUGGCGCGAGUGCUUUGGGAUCGGUUUUGAUGUUCACUGCAACAAACGUGAACGAUUACGGUUUCAGCGACAAUCAUCAAGAGUACGUGAAGCAGUUCAGGGAAGAGAAAAGGCAUUUCGUAUUCGGUGUUCUGUACAUCGUCUAUGUGAUCUGGCAGACUCAACUCACCUACUCUUUCUAUUGCUACAUAAGAGAUCGUCAACUCGAGAUCGAAGAACGAUGGGAAACUCAGCAACAACAAGUUGAAACGAAACGACAACUUGUGAAGCAAGAGGACGAGAUGGCCCCGCCACCAUAUUCACCA